GGCCCCGGAUGUGGCUGUGCGGCCCCUCCUCCCCCGCGCUCCUCGGAGACCCCGGUCGCGCGGCUGCUCGCCAGCCGGUCUCCACACGGGCCCUCGGCGGCGGGGAGGCGGCACGGAGGCAGGGCGGACGGCGAGGCGACCGCACGGAGGCGAGCGGGCCGGGCCCGGCCGGGCGGCCGUCGCCAUGAGCGGUUCCUCGGGCACCCCGUACCUGGGCAGCAAGAUCAGCCUCAUCUCCAAGGCGCAGAUCCGUUACGAGGGCAUCCUCUACACCAUCGACACCGACAACUCCACCGUGGCGCUCGCCAAAGUGAGGUCCUUUGGUACUGAAGACCGUCCCACAGAUAGGCCUGCCCCGCCCAGAGAGGAAAUUUAUGAGUACAUCAUUUUCCGGGGAAGCGAUAUCAAAGACAUCACAGUGUGUGAACCUCCAAAAGCUCAGCACUCUCUCCCUCAGGACCCUGCCAUCGUCCAAUCUUCCCUGGGCUCGGGCUCCUCUUUCCAGCCGCACAUGCCUUACAGCCCCUUCAGAGGGAUGCCACCCUACAGCCAGCUGGCCGCCAGCUCCCUGCUCAGUCAGCAGUACGCAGCUUCCUUGGGUCUAGAGAAGCUGGUAAGCCCUCCAGCCUCAGCCGCAGCCUCCAGCCCUAGCUCCUCUCCAUCUCCACAGCCCGUGUCAGAGCCUGACAUGUCCUCAGAGCCACACCAGCUCACUUCCAAGGGAGCUGGUUUUCCAUCCAUCCCAGUUGGCAAGAGCCCCAUGGUGGAGCAGGCUGUCCAGACUGGUUCUCUUGAUAACCUGAACACCAAAAAGCUGUUACCUGGUGGCAAGGGCACUGUGGGGGUGCAGCUCAACGGGCGCCCAGCCCCGCCAAGCGGCAAGAGUGCCAGCGAUGUAGUUCAGCCAGCCGCUGUGCAAACGCCAGGGCAGGUGAACGACGAGAACAGGAGGCCCCAGAGGAGGAGAUCAGGGAACAGAAGAACAAGGAAUCGCUCUAGAGGGCAGAGCCGCCCAACCAGCGUCAAGGAGAACACAAUCAAGUUUGAGGGGGACUUUGACUUUGAGAGUGCAAACGCCCAGUUCAACCGCGAGGAGCUAGACAAGGAGUUCAAGAAGAAACUGAACUUCAAAGUUCCAGGCGGACCACGUGGGCUGAGGAGAGGAAGCUCAACACAGAGACCUUCGGGGUGUCGGGAAGGUUUCUUCGUGGCCGUGGAUUCCGAGGUGGACUGCGAGGGGGCAGAGGCAGUGGCACCACCCGGCGCAAUCCGACUUCCCACAGAGCCGGGACUGGCAGGGUGUGAAGAGCAGCCAGAGGCUCCUGCAGAGGCAGCGGCAGAAACGAAGCUGAGUGAGGACGCUGCACUUGGACAGACAGACGAUGGGUCACCGUUUAUUAUUUGUUUUGACGUCAUGGAACUUGGACAUGGUCUGAGUUAGAACUGCUCACGUUCGAGAGUGUUUGGGUGACCUCUCUGAGGUCUCUGGAUCUUUCCUCUUCAGUUAUGCACAGUCUAACCUAAGGUUUUGGUGUUUUGCAAAAAGUUUUCUAGAGUGAAAGCUUGAUCCUCACUUUGAAAAUUUUUUUUUUACAACUUUCACUAUUAAAGUGGACCGUGUGGCAGCCAAGCACAGCUGUCACCCAACUGGCCCGGUAUCCCCACUGCCACUGGUGAGCCUCAGGAGCAAGGUAGGGCCAGCCCAGGGGGUGUGGGGUCAGGUGGGCCCCAGUAGGGAAAGUGGAGGUCCUGCAGAUCAUGUGUGAGCAGACAGACCACCUGAUGUCCAGGGUGGCAGUGUCGAGGUUGGGACUGGCAUGAUGACACACUUGGAGGCACAGUAGGGGCCUGAACAUGAGCUGGGAGCUGUUGCUCAGCCUGGCUUCCACAGGAAUCAGGGUUGGGUUGGGGUGGCCUACCCAUCCUUUCUGUCCUGCCAGCCCCUGCCAGACAGUGUUGGACUCAGGCCACUGUUCGAGUCUGAUCCACUUGGAAAUGAGUCAGUCUUUUUUGCAAGCUCGGCUGAUAGAGCUCCGAGUUGUAAAUAGUUUUGUUUUGUAGGAGGGUGGAGGGAGGUGGGAUGUAAACUGUUGCAUGAGUCAAUGGGUCACCUUAGUACAAGCAUGCUCCCCCCUGAAGACAGGGCAUCUUGGUGGACAGAAGCACCUUGGUAACUAAAUUCCCUAGAUAGCUGUAAAGAUUUUGGUUCUGUAUUAAGUUACUGUAAAAGCUUGGGUUUAUUUUUGUAGGACUUAAUGGCUAAGAAUUAGAAUGUAGCAACGGGGCUGCUCUGUUGGAGUAAUGUAUAUUGUAAUUAAAAUAAACACGCAAACUUUAAAAUUUU